CUCCAAAGCUCUACUGCCAAAAGACUAGUUGCAGGAUUACUCGGAGUUGAAUCAGGUCAAGACGCUGUUCUGAGAGCAUUGCUUUAUGAGCGAGGAAGAGAGAAGGUAGAACCCUACGGGAUUACAGUAGCAGAGUUCACAAACCGAAUAUCAAAGCUGAGGAACAAACUAGGACGCCAUGGAAUUAAAGAUGAAGGACUUAAUGUGAAACCAAAAGUAGGUGCUGAAGGGAGGAUUAGGGGGAAUGUACUUGCAGGGGACAAGUACUCGAUGGCCUACGACAGAACGCCGAAGGAAAUAUUAAGAAUAGUGUACGGAAGUGGAAAAGAGAAUAAACCUGGUGGAUUUUAUCCAACGGGAGCAGAAGGGGCGAUAGCAAAAUCAUAUCUUAGGCAUGGGGACUAGCUAUUUGGAAAAAUACAAAAUUAUUGCUUACUUCCUGCAAAGUAAAUAAAAAUAAGUGAGUUAUAAAGUGGGUAGUAAAAAUGAUGUUGGGAUAUUAUAUUUGUGCUUAAAUAUUAAUUUAUCUAAUGAAUAGUAUCAUUAGAUUAUA